AUGUAUGAUAUUGCUGUGUGUUGCCUGCUGUUUCAGGGUUUCAGAGGUUUACCUGGACGCAUCGGGAGUCCAGGCCUAGAUGGUGAAGAUGGAGAGAUGGGGAUACCUGGCACCCCUGGCGUACCUGGACUGAAUGGACUCACAGGGCGCAAGGGUGAUAAGGGAGCAGGAGGUGUCAACGGUGCUGAUGGUGAACCAGGAGAGAAAGGAGAAAAAGGUGCGUCAGGUUUUCCAGGUUUCCCGGGGUUCAAGGGGUCUGCAGGGAUUCUGGGGAGGGAUGGAGAUGAUGGACCUCCAGGAGUACCAGGACCCCAUGGAGAACCAGGGACUAAGGUAUGA